GCUCUUCCCAAUCUAUCUUCUUCAAUGUUCUAGACUCUGCUAGAUGCUUCCAUGUCUCAGCUUCUAAGCGGUUCAAUCCGGAUACAACAUUUUCAGGCUCUUCGCCCUCAGAGUGUUUUGAGUUCUGUAGCAGUUUUGCGUUUGAUCCAAUACCAGAAGAGGGAAAAUGUUUGGAGUAGUAUUCCCAAAUCGCAGUUUCCCAAUCGACAUCUCCACUUUCUCUCAAAUCGACACCUUCCACUGGCUCCUUGAUAUGAACACCUUCGUCGGUGAGGCGUACGAUCAAAUUCGCGAGGUCUGCAUUUUUCUCUUGAACAACUUCACGCUUCCUCCCGAUAAAGCUCUCGCCGUUUACAUCCAGUCGCCGGGUUCGGCUUUCCUUUAUUGUGGGGCUGUCACUGUAGCCCGCCCGUCCGCCGUGAUCUCGCUUCCGUGGCCGGAGCCUGGGGGUUCCAGCCAGCUGCAGUUGACUGCGGACGCGCAGCCACUCUCGGCCAAAAUUGGGGUUUCCGUCGAGGACUUGGCAUCGUUGCCGUCCCUGGAUGUCACCGCCGAGAAGCGAAUCGAACGUUUAGCAUUGAAAGUAGGUGAAAAUUUGUUCAAUUUCAUGCAGUCUUUUUGUGGUGUGGAUGGGUCCAAAUUGGUCGUCCCUAUGGAUAUUCUGGACAGAUGGUUUAAGAAAUUCCAGGAGAGGGCCAAGCGUGAUCCCGAGUACUUGAAGGGUUUCGCUUUGUAAGCUUUUACAAAGUUUUAAGUCAGAUUAAAUUAAUCUUUGCCUCAGCUGAUUUUUUUUUCCUUUUUCACUCUUUUUUUGUACUAUGGAAAGAGGAAGAAUCAAAAAGGCAUGUUGUGUUAUGCUUUUAGAUGUAUGUUCGCCGUUCUGAUUGAUCAUUUGAUUGCAAUAUGUGGCGUCAUAUUGGUACUGAA